AUGGCGCCUGGAAAGUGGGAUGAUGAAGAAGAGAGCUCGGGCCCUCCAUCUCCGACCGUAGCACCCAUCGCCCGCCGCAGCAAGUUUGAAGACGAAGAAGAUGAAGAUGUGCUAGAAUCAUGGGACGCCGCAGAAGACUCUGAAGUCGAGCGUGAAAAGGCGAAGAAGGCCGCUGAGGCAAAGGCAAAGGCAGAUGCAGAGGCAAAGGCAAACCACAAGUCCAAGGCGCAACGAAUCGAGGAGCACAGACAGGCUGCCCUGCGCAGACGGCAGAUGGAUGAUGAUGGAGAGAGCGAAGAAGAGGAAACUGAGGCCGAACGCCGUGCAAGACUACGCCAACAAGAAAUCGACGGCUCGCGUGCCCAGGCCGAGGAACUCUUUGGUGACCUGACCGUCAGCAACAAGCGCAGCGGCAAAGCUGUCACAAUCGCAGACGAGAGCGACCCAAACAACACCAUCAACCUCUCCUCGCUCUCCAUCUUCAACCCAAACACCAAGGACCAGUUCACCAAGCUGCGCGAGACACUCACUCCCCUGAUCGCUGCCAACUCCAAGAAAGGACAGUACACUCUCUUCUUGCAAGAGUUCACCAAGCAGAUUGCCAAGGAUCUUCCCAGCGAACAGAUCAAGAAGAUUGCCUCUGGCCUGACUACGCUGAGCAAUGAAAAGAUGAAGGAGGAGAAGGCGGCCGAGAAGGGAGGAAAGAAGACAAAAGCAGCAAAGACGAAGACGACGCUCAACGCGAGUCGCGAUGUUAGUUUGAAGGCGGAUACCCGGGCGUAUGACGAUGAUGACUUUGGCGAGUAA